CAAGCCUCUGUUGCCUUUGAAGACUCACUCUUCCUCUUCAAAGCCCACGGACAAAGAACAUGCUGGACGCGGAAGAUUCUGCGACUGAAAGGCCUCCUGAAGGACAGCUUUCAGCCAAUGCUACGACCGAAGAUUUAACACCUCCUCAGACCGGAAUGGAGCAAACGGCCCCCGAUGGCUGGUUGGGACACCCCGUGAUUGAACAGCCCGGCCUUGGCGUUACCACAACUACGGUCACUACCAUAACACAGACGGGGGGAGAAUGGAGUACGGGCCUCUUCAAUGUGUGUGGGGACAUGACUACGUGCCUCCUGGGUGCCGCCUUCCCCUGCUGCCUGGACCUGAGUCUCGCUCAUCAGUACGGGGAAUGUCUGUGCCUUCCGCUGCUGCCCGGCUCCACGCUCGCCAUGCGCGUGGGCAUCAGGGAGAGGUUCAAAAUACGGGGCAGCGUAUGUGAGGACUGGCUCGCUGUCUACUGCUGCUACCCGCUGGCCGUCUGCCAGAUGAUCCGAGAGGUGAAAAGGAGACUGAGAAGCCAGAUGUACCAGGUGUCCACCACACUGCAAAGCUCCUGAAGACCAGACUGUGUGGCUCAGGGGACCAUGGGUAACUGUCCUGUAGCCACGGAUGCUAGUCUGAUGCCUUUGGAACAAUACUGCCACUGUGCCUUUUUGGAAAAAGAACAAAAAAGCUUAAAACAAAAUCUGACCUCUACAAUGCAAUAUCGCUAAGCUUCCUUUUUGCUGUCUAUGGUGUCAUUAAAAAGUUGUUUCCAGAAAAGUUUUUUUUUUCCAACCCAUUCCUUGGGGACCCCCCAGACCAGUCCAGAUUUUCGCUCCCUCCCAGCUCCCGGUGCGCCUCUACCAGUUGUGUAAACGUUCUUGAUUGGCUGGCAGCAGGGAGGGAGCAAAAAUAUGGACAGUCAGGGGGUCCCCAAGGACCGGUUUGAGGAACUGUUCUAGACAAUACCAAGAAUGCAAUGGAACUAUGAGGACAUCCACUCCCAUUUUAAAAACUGCAGCUGUGAAGACUUUUUCGGCGGAAAGCAAACCCAGUGUUGGCUUCUAUCACCGGCCGGAACCAGCAGUUACGCAAGCAGGGGCCAGAAUGUUGCGGUUCAGACCCAAUAACCCGCCCACCGUAGUCAAAUUCUGACCAUGAUUGUGUCCAUAAAUACAAACGCUGUCAAA